AUAAAUAUUUAUAUUUAUUCUUCCUUGAAGUUUGUUUCUUUCUGUUCACUCUUACAGUUACUGUUUGUUCGAGUUUUAGAAUAAUUCGCAUAGAAUCAUGUUUUCCUUGGUGGCAGACUACGGAACCAGUGACGAGGAUAAAGAUUCGUCUACCGGAUGCACCUCCGAUGAGGAAUCGGACUGUGGCAAACCUGAAGCGGUCGACGCUGCUCAAAGUUCCGCAACGCCAGCUCUUCCGAGUGCGAGGCUGAUGCUGGCCAAUGAGAAAAAAUCGAUUCCCGGGGGUGUUUUCAGCAAUCCUUUCAAAGAGGCAGAAGAUGCCAAAAUGGCCAGCUUGGAAAAGCACGUCAAAAUGGUUGAUCCGGAACAUGAAAUCAGUGAACAAAAGCGUAAAAUCUGUUGGAGCUACAGGAAGGGACGCUGUCGGUUCGGGAGCAAAUGUAACUUUGCGCAUGAUUCGGAUCUUAUACUGAAGAAAGAGCAGCAUGGAGCUGAACAGGAAGAACCAACGAGUGCAGAUCAGAAAGAUGUUCAGAACGAAACAGCUCCCAUGGUUCGCAAGCAGGCUUUAAAAAAGAAACGGCCGGGCCUUAGUCGUGAACUUGUACCGCCUAAAAAGGUACUGAAAAUGUACCAGCGAGACAAGUUCUAUAGUGGAAAACCUUAAAAGAAUCUAAAAGUGGUAAGUAAAGGUAAGAAAUAUCAUAAAUGCUGGAGUUGUAGCUGUUAAACGUAAUGUGUCAUGACACUUCUUCACAUUUAUCCCAGUAUUAGCUUGUAAUAGAUAGUGGAUGGAGUUUAUUACAACCUGUAACAUACACGUGUUUUUUGUGAUCCACUUUGCUUAUGAUUUCAGCAAAAUUAUAAAACAAGAGUUAAAAACAUAGUACAAAUGUAUGUUUAAAAUGUUAGAA